AUGAUAAAUGAGAAAGUCACUUUUCUUUCAAAACCCCUAACGAUAAAAACAAAUUUAUUGAUAGUAAAUGGAACCGGGAAUCUCAAAGAUUGCAAUUUAACAUGUAACCAGAUAAGCAUCAUUCAUGAUUAUUACCAAAUUCACGCGAAAACAAUUGAAAUAAUCGGUGAAUCAUAUUUCAGAACGAAAGCAUUUGAUUGUCCAUUUUUAGUUUGCGAUCAUCUGAAAAUCAAAACGCCUAUAUCUCUUAAUAUUGCCAGCCAAGAAGAUGUCAUUAAAUUUCAAUUUGCAAAGGCUAAGACAGUUGAUUAUUUUUAUGUUAAAUCCAAUUACAACUAUAAAAAGCCGGGAUAUCCUUCAAUUGAUUAUAUUCAUGAUAAAGAAACAGGAAUCGUAUAUAUCGAAAUUGUAUAUUAUAAUACAUUUGUACCUAGUAUUAUCUUUAUCUCCGAAUCAAGAGCGAAACCUCCUUUCGAAGGAUGCUUGCUUCUAAGACAUAACAAUAUUUCUUUUCUCAAUACACUUGGGAGGACUUCUGAAAUUGUUGAUGUUUAUUUUAAAGAUUUUGGUAACGAAACGAUUGUAAUUAAUGCAAGUUAUUCCUUCACCAGAUAUUUAAAUAUAUAUUGUGAAAGAAACAAAAUUUGUUUUGCCGAUUAUGAUUUCUUUGAAGAACUUAGAAUUCAGAAUGCAAUUUUAACAGAUUUUGAAGUUUUCGUAAGAAGUUUGAAAUUAGAAAGUUGCCAAAUAUUGGACAAUGUUAGAGGAAAAGUAACUGAAUUAACUAUCAUCAAUCCAAUCAUGUCAAACGUAACAUCAUUUCUAGCAGAGGAAGCGCGUUUUUACGAUAUUAAUUUGCUUACGAUUUAUGAAACUACCUUCAUUGUUGAAAAUUCUCUUUUUGAAUUUGCAAAUUACAAAUCUUGGAGAUUAACUCUGGUUAAUGGAGCAAUGGUAUCAAAAAAGAAUAAUACAGACUUUUCACGCAUUAAUGGAAAUUAUGAUUUAUAUCUUCCUCCUGUUUAUGACAGUAUUACCCUAUAUCCAGUUCAAAAAUUGAUGACAUCAACACAGUUUUUAAAGCUUAGAGUAAUUCAAUGCCAAAUUAUCCCUAAUGAUGAAAAAAUAUACAAAAACUUAUUAUCAAAUAACUUAAUUGUGAUAUUUGAAGACAAAGGAUGCCUUAAUUUCCAUGAAGAAUUGAUAUAUGAUGUAAAAUCAUUAAUGAUUGCCACAGCAAAUAUCUAUUCAUCGCAAUCUGUGAAAUUUAGACCACAAAUUCUUAAUAUCUCAACAAAUGCAACAAGAAUAGACAAUAAUUUCACUUGCAAUAUAUUAAGUAUACACGAUAAUUGUUUGACAAUGAUUGACGAAAUUUCUGGAGUUGAAGAAAUUGAUAUUCAUUAUUCUAUUUACAAAACUGGUUAUUUAUAUACAAAGAAGUUUUAUUACAAUAACCAGACAACUAGAAAUCUUCACAUAGCAUUUAUUAAUGAUGAUGAAAGGGAUCAACUUUAUUAUAACCGAGAUUGGAAUAAUUUUAGUAUUGAUGUUUUUUGUGCAGAUGAAUUUUAUUAUAAUUUGUCCACAAUUACAAGUAAUUUUACAAGUCCUCAUUGGGCAUUCAAUGGAAUAACAAGUCAAUUUAAGAUGGACAUUAAGAAAUAA